CAAAAAUGUCGACUGAUCCACACUGUGCGUAUACUCACUAUGAGAGUCCACCUAAGAAGUAUCGGACAAAUUUUGUGGAUGACCCUCAUAUUGCUGGGUAUCCCAAGAUGAAUAAGCAUAAGUUAAGAGAACAUUUCCCCAAGAAUGGGUAUAAGCGAUAUAUUCGAAAUUUGAGAGAUUGUCCAACAAAGAAGCAAAUUGAAAGAAGAAGCAGACUGACAAAGGAAAGGCAAAAGAAGAGGCCUGAUGUAGCUACUUUAGAUAUGAAACUAAAUCGAAGCUAUUCUGCUAGCAGUGGAGCUCCGAGAUCAAUGGCUGAUUUAAAACUUGGAAUGAACUGUAUUAAUCGAAGCGGAGUCCAACAAAACACAACUAGCAUGUUCCACCUACAAUUUAAGAAAAAGAAAGAAGAGGUUCCUGAAGUCGAAGAUGAUCGAGUACCUUGUGAAGUCCAUAGAGGAUUUCGCAAGCCAAUUUUAGACCAAAGAAACCCAUAUGUGCUUCAUAACUGUAAAAGACCUUUGACCAACCUGUCUCCAUACUUAAAAGAAACAAGGAAUAUCAGCGACGAAGAAGAGCAAAAGAUCAUUGAAAUCAUAUCUAGUUUUGAGAGAAAAGUUAACACCUGGGAUAACUAUGAAGAGGAAAGGUUCAGGAGGUUCCUUGAAGUCCAAGACCCUGAAUUCAGACUCAAACUACUCUAUUGAAUGCGUGAACAUAUCCAGGAGAUCAACUUAGUAGAAUCUUUCUUCAUCCGCUAUAAGGACACCUUCGUCCCGAAGAGGUCUAAAAGCCAAGUUGUGAGGAGGUCUAAAACCCAGAAGGAGAAGAAUAAGGAUGCUAGGGCCAAAGUCAUGAGCACAUUUUUAAAAUUUGAACGUGACUAUUUACGUAAACAUCCUAAGGAAGAAACAAAGGAUGAUAAUUUAGCUCAAAAUUCGAAGAAAGUGUCUUCUAAAGAUCUGCCAACCUCUAAAUUGAAGAAGAAAUCCCGUAAGUUAUUAGAACAAAGUAGCUGCAAGAUCAGCACUAAGCCCGCAAAGGGGGUCAGGAUUGUCUCUCCGCACUUGUAG